AGUUGCAUAUCAACCAUUUUCGUUCAUUGUAACUUGGUACCAUAAAUACCCUACCCAAGACCAGCUAGCGCUUCAAGCUUUAUACUCCGCUUGAAAGACUAGCUGUCACACAGAGAGAGAGUUUUGAACUUAAUUAAGAUGGCAGAAGUGAUCCUUCACGUUUACGACGUUACAAAUAAUAAUUCCGGCUAUGAAAACCUAAAUUUCGCCCUCGUCCAACUCAACAACGUCUGUAAACAGGCCAUCCCUAUUGGCGGAGUCUUUCACACUGCCGUCCAGGUUUAUGGGGACGAGGAAUGGGGAUACGGGCAGUGCGAUGAAGGCUCAGGUGUUUACAGCUGUCCCGCCCGCAAAAACCUGAUGUAUACAUACCGUGAAAGUAUAGUUCUCGGAAGAACAAAUUGCUCCGCUGCCAAGGUGAGUCAGAUCCUAAAAGAACUUAGCCAGGAGUGGCUGGGAAAUAAGUACGAUCUACUGGCGAAAAACUGUAACAAUUUCUGCAAUGAGUUGUUGCAGAGGUUGGGAGUGCCGAAGCUUCCGGCAUGGGUAAAUAGGUUUGCCGAUGUCGGAGAUACUGCCUGUGAAGCAGUACGAACGCUGCAUAAAACCAAGGAUGAAAUGUUAUCUGCUGGAAAGGAGGCGUAUAAGAAUGCCAUCGAUACGGCCAUUAAGACUCCCAAGUCUCUUAUCAGUUUAAGCAAAGGUAAUCGACUUCGAACAGAGCAAUUUAAACCAAAGUUCUUUGCUGGAAGAAUUGCCGGACCAGAUGAAGAAACCAGCAAGAAAUAAACAUCAGGGGCCGGAACUUAACCGGGCCAUGACCAUGUAGAAUGAUGGCCUAGUCAUAUCGUAGUAUAUUCGAGUCCUAGCUCUAUCUUCAUGUGUAUCUUUCUCUGUGUCUUUGUCUUUGUCUGUGUCUGUGCCCUUGUAUGGUUUGUUAUUUGAUUUCCUCUUACCUAACUGCCUAUUUCUCUUAUUUGAGUGCUGCGUAAUGCAUUAUUGUAUUA